GGAAAUAAAUAGAGAUCCAUCACUGACACAGCUAGCUUUUAACUAGAAAUAUCACACAAAACCACCUGGAUGUUUUUUUGACCUGGGAGAGUAACAGCAACUGUUAUAAAAAUAUAUCACUUGUGAAGGUGACUGUGAAGAGAUAGACUAUGUCCAAAGAGCUUGGUUUGAGGCCUGUGAUGGUUCUUCACAAUGAAGCAGUUAAUUUCCAACGACAUUCUGUCAGUAACGAGGAUGAAGCUUGGAAAAACUACCUGGAGAAUCCACUAACUGCAGCAACAAAGGCCAUGAUGAGCAUCAAUGGUGAUGAUGAGAGUGUAGCUGCUUUGAGCUUCCUCUAUGACUAUUAUAAGAUGGUAGGAGAACACAUGACAAAUUUAUCUGGAAAAUCCAAUAUGGUUGAGUGUGAACUUCAUGAAGUCUCAUUGCAUCAGGUCCCAAAGCAGGAAAGACUUAUUCUGCCUGGUAAAGUGCCUCGCCCAUGUGAAUCGAAUUUAGUAAAAAGGAGUAACACUGGAAAUGGAUUUGAAUUCGAUGACAUGACGUCUCUGGAUUGUUCUAUUCAAAGUAUGAAACUUUUGCCUGAAGAUAUCAUGAUGUCAACAGAGUACCCCAAUCCAGACAAAAGAUCCCACCGGCUCCAGUCAGAUUCGAUCUUUACAGCUUCUAAAUCUCAGCCACUGUUGGAUAACUAUACCAGUAUUCCCAUGGACCUAUAUGACUGCAAUCUAAUUGAUUCAUUUGAUAAUAUUUUAAUGACUCAGCUACCACAAAGGUGGGCUCCUGAGAACAAUUUCAAAGAUACAUUUAAAGACAUGUCACCUGAGGCCUUCCUCAAUGAUUUGAUAAAACCACCCUGUGUUGAGGAAAAUGUUACACCUGAUAAACUGAGAGUGGAUUUUGAAUAUAUGCUUGAAGCACCUAAAUCUGUCAACCAGAGACCAGGAGAGGAAUCGAUGGGUUACCUCAACAAGGGACAGUUUUACCCCAUCACUUUGAAAGCUAUGCACAGUGACAAGUGUCUGCAAUCAUCCUCAACCAAAGUUCGAAGUAUGAUCAUGGCUGUUUUUGACAAUGCAAAGACUCCGGAGGACCAAGUGAAGUAUUGGAAACACUGGCAUUCCCGACAACAUACAGUUAAGCAACGGGUCAUUGAUUUUGCAGAUUACAAAGAAAGCAACAACACAAUCAACUGUGUGGAAGAAGUGGCAUUUAAUGCUCUGUCUUUCAUCUGGGAUUCCAACAAGGAAGCAAAGGUUUACAUUGGAAUUAAUUGCCUUAGCACAGAUUUCUCCUCACAGAAGGGAGUCAAAGGCCUUCCCUUGAAUCUCCAGAUAGACACCUAUGACUGUGAAGCCAAAUCAGAAAAGCCUAUUCACCGGGCUGUCUGUCAGAUUAAAAUAUUUGUGGACAAGGGUGCUGAGAGAAAAAUGAGAGAUGAAGAGCGCAAGCAAUCGAAAAGAAAAAGCAAGUUUCCUGAUUCUACCACAGAGAACACUGAUAACAAAAGGAUUCCACUGUCAGACCACAAAGGAAGUGACACCACUUAUUUUAAGCCAGUGACAGAUCUCAUUUCUCCUCCUAUUCUCUUCACCCCAGAAGCCCAUUUUCUGUAUUCACAACGAACUGGAUUGGGGCAUUCGAUGAGUUGUGAAGUCACAAAUCCUGACAGGUUUCCAAUAAAAAGGGAUAACAAGACUCUGUACAAAGAUGAAUUGGACCCUCCAAUCAAACAAGCUAGACUUUGUGAACCAGAAAGAGUGCUGUUGUAUGUGCGGAGGGAGUCAGAAGAAGUUUUUGAUGCUCUAUUGUUGAAGACGCCGGACCUUAAUGGAUUGAAGAAUGCUAUUUCAGAAAAGUAUGGGCUGCUUGAAGAGAGAAUUUAUAAAAUAUACAAGAACUGUAUAAAAGGAAUCUUGGUAAACAUGGAUGAUAACAUUGUGCAGCAUUAUUGUAACCAUGCUGCAUUUUUGGUGGAAAUAAAGGACGUAAAUGGAGGCUGUCAAAUAACACUUAAAGAAGUUUAAAGAGCCUCAACAUUCAUGGACAAACUCAAAGAAACCUCAACAUUAGGAACAAACCAGUUACUGCUCUACCUCUUCCCUUUCUCUCCAUGUACAUAUGCUUUUGGCUGCUUUCGAUAUUUGAAUUCAAGAUCUUUGUGCCAAUAUUUUCUACUGACCAGGUGUAUAAAUGAGCUAAUUGAAGCCAAGCAUGAAGAACUGAACAUUUUUAAUCUACAUUCCUGUUGGAUGAAACCACUUGAAGAUUUUUUUUUCUGACCUGUUUACACUGCUGGUUGAAGGACUUGUUAAAUCUCCAGUGUCAAAGUGCUAAAUGCUUUCAGCUCCACAACAUCUUAUUGACUGUUGGACUAUAUCCGUGAAAUCACUUGUCAGUUGAUGUCCAUGUAUGUGUAUUUCAACAUGCGAUACUUUUUAAUUAUUCAUCUUUUAAUGCAAUUUACAUGUGCCAGUUGAUAUUGCAAUUUCAAUUAAUUUCACAUUUUUAGCAGAUUUUUCAGUGUGAAAUACUUACAUGAGGAAUAUCAGUCUUUUCUGGUGCUCAUGAAAUAUGUGGAAGAUUGCAUUGCUCAUUUGAAAAAGUUCAGAAAAAAAAAUUCUUUUUGAGGGACGUUAAUAUCAAGAUAAUUAAAAAGUUGUCUUUCCUUGAAAUAUUCAUUAAGUUAAUGGUUUCAAAAUCAUAUCCUUCCCUUUCACACACUUUGAAUCUGUGAGAUAGUUCCCUCAUGGUUCAGUCAAGGAAAUAUUCAUACGUACUCAUUUUAAUGCCACAGAAUGAUACUGGGACCUUCUGGUAUGAUCAAGAAUUUCCAAAAUCUUUAAAACCAUCCACAUACAGAGGUCAUGUGUGAUUUUGAAUCAUGGUGUGCUGGUAUCAUGUCAUGAUUUGCAACAUUAAAAUAAUGUUCUAUGGAUACAUGUAAAAUAUUGUAUCCUGGAUUCAUUUAACUGUCAUACACAAUGACCUGACAUCCCUCAUUUAUCAAAAUAUAACUCAGGUGGCUAGAUUUAAAAUAUUAGGAGAUAUGUUAACUGCCUACUUUUUUAAAAAUCAUGUAUACAUUCUUUAUUUUUGUAGCAAAUAUUCUCUGGUAUUGAUACUUGUCAAACUCAGUGCAAAAGAAGUGUUGAUUUACAUUGCAGUAAACCCUUGAUUGCUAUUGGCUCAUUGUCUUGAACUUUCGCAUUUUAACUGAGCUUCCAAAUGUAAUUAUAGGUUUCUUACAAAGUACUUAAGGUAAUGCUACAUUUCUAUGCUUGAAGAUAUGACAAAUCAAAGUGAUUCAAGAUUUUUGUCUUUCUCUAAGUAUAUUUUCCCUUCUUAAGUAAUGUAUGUGAGAGUAUUUCCUUGUCAAAAAUGUCUAUUAGGUUGACACUUAGGUUGCCAUCAAAUGAAAUUCCUGGAGUUGGUACACCUCUCUUUGAAUUAGUUAAUUGAGACUCCUACUGUGUCUGUAUGCAGGAGCAAGGACAAAUAUCACAGGCUCCAGUGUUGCUUCUAUUCUGGGUCCCAGAACUGCCCUGGUCCCAGCAAUCCUCUGAGAAUCACAGCCCUGGUUAUUGCCCUAUGAAGUACCUCCUGUCCUGGGAUUUGUCUAUAUGCCAUUGUCAGGCAUUCAUCUCUCACAUAUCCAUUGAGAUGCAGUUUACUAAGGUCACAAUUGCUAAAAAUGUGCUUUUUUUUCAACAUAAACUGUUUCAAUUAAAAUAAAUUUCUAUCAAACACCUGUAUAAUGCAUAAAUAAGCAGAAUUCUGUUCUUCCAACUCUCCCUUCCUCCUUCACUUGCUUCAUAUACAACAUAUGGAAAGGCAGUGGAUGCUUUAGUGAUAUUGAAUUUGAUGUCAGCUCAUUGCUAUGGUCUGGAAUCACCGAUAACUCAGAUCCUGGGUAAAGAUUGUAGGUUGACUUCCCUAAAGGACAGUAACAAACUAGAUAGAUUUUUUUCAACAAUGUAGAAGUUACUUGGCCACUGAAAUCUUGCUCUUCUCCACACCAGGUCCAUAACUGGUGCAACAGCCUCUUUUGCUUUUUGUAAAAGGAGGAACAAUAGUUUGAUGUGUCUCAAAAGAAAAUGAUGAUGACAUCUGCCACAACAUUGAAAAGCCUUGGUUUUAUAUGUUUCUUAUAUUAGCAAAAUGAGUUAGUUACUUCCAUUAACAUUUGCUCCACAAUUUGCUCUGGAGGGAAAUCUGCCAGCCUUGCCUCGUCUGGCCCAUGUGUGACUCCAGUUCUGAGGUUUACCCUUAACUGCUCUCUGUUGGGUCUAGCAAGCUGUUCAGUUCAAGGGCAAUUAGGGACAAGUAAUAAAUCACAGGCUUUGCCGGUAAUGCCCACAUCCCGUGAAAAAAAAGGGAAACUAAAAAUAUCCCAUGUACUACUCAUAGCAUCAGAUCCUAACCUUUUGGCUGGUGCUGGUCAUUGUAUUUGGGCGGAGAAAUAUUUCCUCAGGCGUUGUGAAUCUUUUUUCUCCUUCAGUACUUGGGUCACAGGCUUCCACUGCUGCACAAAAGGAAACAUUGACUAAAGCAAAUAAUGGCAAUGACAGACAUCAGCAGUUAAAGCAUCAACAUUGGAAAUUUAAGGUCCAUGGAUGAUUACCCUUUGCUGCAUGAUGUUUAUGAGUUAAUCUUUAUUUGUGGGUAAACUACAUAUCCCAUUAAUCCUUUUGUACCAGGUACUGUGAUGUUGAAUUUACUGGAUUGUGAAUAAUGUUAGAAAAUUGCAGAUUAUACAAGUUACAAACAGAUUUUAUUAACUGGGAGACAAUUGUUAU